AUGGCGCUCGUCCUGAUACCAGAUCAAGCAAGCAUUCUCGAUGUGAUGAAUGCCUGCUCAUGCAGUGAGAGUGAUGCUAUCAACCUCCUGAAGCACGCCAAUAACGACCCCACAAGAGCCAAACUUCGACAUCGGACUUUGAUGAAGUACAUGAAGCCGCCGACACGUAGUGCAAGGGCAACACCAUCUCCAGCUUCAAGCGUGACAAGUUUGCCUUUACCUUUGAAGAGUAAACCUUCGGUUGACAUCACUCCUGAUCCUGCACGCUCAGAUUACAGUUCGAGCAACGAGAUAUACAAUCCUACGCCAAAAACCGAGGAAGGACAGCCUACAUGGCACAACCGAGCACCUCAUCGGGCACCAAGUUUUCUGCAUGAAGGAAAGCGAGCUGGCUCCCGGCAUAGUCAACCUGACCGUGAUCGAAUGGACUAUGAGAUGGACAAUCCACCAUGGCCAUUGUAUCCCAACAACCCUGUUGUCCACCCACCAAGUCGACAAGCUCAUAGAUUAUCGAGAAAGUCUUCUUUGAGACAAAACAUUGUUGUUGAGCCACCCUCACCGGUUCAACAAGAACUUGCAAUGCCCGAAGGUCCAGUGCCCGAGUUCCCGGUGCUUGAAGAGCCUCACAAGCCUCUCAAGCCUCAAGAGCCGGAGGGGUGGGAUUUCAUUCUCCCCACUCUCCCAGCCCCAAUGUCAUUGAUGCCCGGACCGGGAGGCUCUGGUGGAUUCGAAGUUACAGCCAUCGUCGGUGCGUUUCAACACGGCGCAGAUGAGAAUGUUAUGCGAACAUAUUUCAACUAUUUCGACGACCUAUCCAUAAGCCGCCACAUCAACGACACGGUCGAAGGAUUUCCUGCCAUCUUCUACGCCACAGCAACAAACAACGACCGCAUUCUCCGGGCCUGGAUCGCCUAUGGCGGCGACGUCAACGCCGCACACGAGCCUUCUCAGGCCCCACUCCUUGCAUUUGCAAUCGUACACAGCGAGAUGAUAGAGAGAGACACCUCACAUAUUGUUGCUACUCUCCUCAGUCUUGGUGCAACCCCGAGCGCCAUUCCGGAAGCAUACUACUUGCCUUAUUUCCGCGAUCUCCCAGAUGAUGGACCCGACGAAGAGGAAUUGAAGACAGCAGGUCAUUCGACGAUGCCAUGGCUGAACAAGGACGCAAGAGUCAAGCUCGCUCGUACCACCCAUCUCACCAACCGCUACAAUCUUGAGCGUGCAUUGAAGACAAGGCGACCCUCGGCACGACACUGGCAGAUCGCGCAGCGAAAGAACAUAGAGGCACUUCUUGGGUUACCGUACUUCCUCAUUGGCCAAUCCUUAGCCGCGAAUCGGCUGUUGUCAAAAUUCCUCAGCAACCUCACAGUACCGUCGAAGAAACCGCUGGUCCUUGUAUUCGCGGGACCCAGUGGUCAUGGUAAGACAGAGUUGGCGCGACGACUUGGGUAUCUCAUGAACCUGGAAUUAGAAGUUGUCGAUUGUGCCAUUGUCAACCGUGAGAUGGAGCUAUUUGGAGGACGGCAUCCUUACGUCAAUGCAGAUCAAGGUAGUCCUCUGAACAACUUCCUGGCGCGGAACGAUGGGCAGAGGAGUAUCGUGUUCUUGGACGAGUUCGAGAAGACGACACGGGAGAUCCACCAGGCAUUGCUGCUGCCUUUUGAUAAUGGUGAAUAUCAAGAUCGCCGCAACCUAAAGACAAUCGACUGCUCCAAGACGAUCUGGAUCCUGGCAACCAACGCUCUCGACGACAAGAUCAGAAACUUCUGCCAGGCCAACGGCCAGAUGAUUUGGAAUGACGAGGACGAAGAGAAACAGACACGGCUCAUAAAUACCCUGAUGAAAGAAUUGAAAGAAGACUUCCUCGGUAAAUUCCAGGCCCCCAUAACUGGGCGUAUCUCCGUCUUCCUCCCCUUCCUCCUCUUCUCGCCUGGUGAGCAAGCCGUCAUCGCCCACAAAUACCUCCUCGAGCUCGGCCGCGACGUUCGCAACCCCGUCAACCUCUCUACGGGCUCUGACGAGCUGUUGAUCGGUAACAUCCGUCUCCGCGUCCGUCGCGACGCCUCAGUGUGCAGAAAAAUUGCUGAGAACGGGUACCAUCCUGAGCUGGGCGCCCGUAGUCUAAUCACGGCCGUGGAUACUAUACGGACGUUGCUAGUAGAUGCGUAUCUAGCUGUAAACGAGGAGAUCACGGAGAAGGCUGAGUUGGUUGACUUCGUCGUGGAUGUUAAUGGAGAGGAGAUUGUCGCGAGUAUGGUGGAGGCCAAGGCGUAG